UGGGCGAAGUUCAAGGCUGGGCCUGAGCUCUCGGCCCCUGCGCUAGCCGUGGGUCAGCUGCACAAAGGUAGACGCGCCGAGCAGGUCUGCAUGUUUGGACUGGAUUCGAGACAGGCUUGAAUAAUAUGGAAGAUAUUGUUUGGCUGUUUCCCUGGGAAUGCAUCACCUAUAGUGUGACUUGUCAACCCCAGCUAUUGUUUUAACCCGUAUAACUAGGAGGAAGUAAUCCUUCAGCUGCCUUGGCGUGGUGGGGAAGAGUAAUGUCCAGCUUCUCUACAGGAGAAUACAGAGUUCCUCUUUCAGAAUUGACGUAUCAACCCAACCAACCACUCUUGGCAGCCUACGGCCUGUUUCCUUCCGUGUGUUGGAGGCCUAAAUGUGACCGUGAAUGCCACCUUUAUCUAUUCGGAAGGUAUGGCUUAUAAGUCCAAUGACUGCCGGAGUAGCACCUGUGAAGGCUUCGACCUACUCAGGAUGAUUUCAAGGAACCAACAGAUGGGAUGUGUCCUCAUGGGGCCCACGUGUACCUAUUCCACCUACCAGAUGUUCCUUGACACAGAUUUGAACUAUCCCAUGAUUUCAGCUGGAAGUUUUGGAUUGACGUGUGACUACAAAGAAACUUUAACCAGGCUGAUGUCUCCAGCCAGGAAGUUGAUGUACUUCUUCGCUGACUUUUGGAAGGUCAAUUCUUUUCCAUUCAAAACUUUUUCCUGGAACACUACCUAUGUUUUUAAGAAUGGUACCGAGUCUGAGGACUGUUUCUGGUACCUCAAUGCUCUGGAGAGUAGUGUUUCCCAUUUUUCUCAGAAACUUACCUUCAGGGAGACGCUGAGAAGAGAUAAUGAGUUUCAGCAUAUCUUAAUGGACCAGAACAGGAAAAGCAAUGUGAUUGUUGUGUGUGGUACACCAAACACCAUCAACGUCCUCAAGGGUGACCAAGCAGCGGCUGAAGACACUGUCAUUAUUCUCGUGGAUUUAUUCAAUGACCACUACUUCAUGGACAAUGUUACAGCCCCUGACUAUAUGAAAAAUGUUCUUGUUCUGACACUGCCUCCUGAAAAUUCUGUCUCAAAUAGCUCUUUCUCCAAGAAUUUAUCACUGGCAAAAGAUGAUUUCGCUGCUGCCUACUUUAACGGAGUCUUGCUCUUUGGACACAUGUUGAGGAUAUUUCUUGAAAAUGGAAAAGAAGUUACCACCUCUAAAUUUGCUCAUGCUUUCAGGAACGUCACUUUUGAAGGGCAUGGGGGUCCUGUGACUUUGGAUGACUGUGGGGAUAUUGACAGUACUAUGAUCCUUCUGUACACCUCUGUGGACACCAACAAAUACAAGAUUCUUUUGACCUAUGACACCCACAUAAACCAGACUAACCCGGUGGAUAAGAGCCCCACAUUCAUCUGGAAGAACCACAGACUUCCUAAUGAUAUUCCAGACGAGGGCCCUCAAAUGCUGAUGGUCGCUGUCUUCACUCUCACAGGGGCUGUGGCCCUGCUCCUGCUCAUCGCCCUCCUGGUGCUCAGAAAAUAUAAGAGAGAACAUGCACUUCGUCAGAAAAAGUGGUUCCACAUUCCUCCUGAAAAUAUCUUGCCCCUGGAGUCCAACGAGACCAACCAUGUUAGCCUAAAGAUCGAGGAUGACAAGAGACGUGAUACAAUCCAGAGACUACGACAGUGCAAAUACGACAAAAAGCAAGUGAUUCUAAAGGAUCUCAAGCACAACGAUGGCAAUUUCACCGAGAAACAGAAGAUAGAAUUGAACAAGUUGCUACAGAUUGACUAUUACAACCUAACCAAGUUCUACGGCACGGUGAAGCUUGAUUCCAUGAUCUUUGGGGUUGUUGAGUUCUGCGAGAGAGGAUCCCUCCGGGAAGUUUUAAAUGACACAAUUUCCUAUCCUGAUGGUACAUUCAUGGAUUGGGAGUUUAAGAUCUCUGUCUUGUAUGACAUUGCUAAGGGGAUGUCAUAUCUGCACUCCAGUAAGACAGAAGUCCACGGUCGUCUGAAAUCCACCAACUGCGUGGUGGAUAGUAGAAUGGUGGUGAAGAUAACUGAUUUUGGCUGCAAUUCCAUUUUACCUCCAAGAAAAGACCUGUGGACUGCCCCGGAGCACCUGCGCCAAGCCAACAUCUCUCAGAAAGGAGACGUGUACAGCUAUGGGAUCAUCGCCCAGGAGAUCAUCCUGCGGAGAGAAACCUUCUACACGCUCAGCUGUCGGGACCAGAAGGAGAAGAUUUUCAGAGUGGAGAAUUCCAAUGGAGUGAAACCCUUCCGCCCUGAUCUGUUCCUGGAAACAGCAGAGGAAAAAGAGCUGGAAGUCUAUCUGCUUGUCAAAAACUGCUGGGAGGAAGAUCCAGAAAAGAGGCCAGACUUCAAGAAAAUUGAGAAUACACUGGCCAAGAUAUUUGGCCUUUUUCAUGACCAAAAAAAUGAAACUUAUAUGGAUACCUUGAUCCGACGUCUACAGCUGUAUUCCCGAAACCUGGAACAUCUGGUGGAAGAAAGGACACAGCUGUACAAGGCAGAGAGGGACAGGGCUGACAGACUUAAUUUUAUGUUGCUCCCAAGGCUGGUGGUCAAGUCUCUGAAGGAGAAAGGCAUCGUGGAGCCUGAGCUAUACGAGGAAGUUACAGUCUACUUCAGUGACAUUGUGGGGUUCACCACCAUCUGCAAGUACAGCACCCCCAUGGAAGUGGUGGACAUGCUCAACGACAUCUAUAAGAAUUUUGACCACAUUGUCGAUCACCACGACGUGUACAAGGUGGAAACCAUUGGUGAUGCCUACAUGGUGGCUAGUGGUUUGCCUAAGAGAAACGGCAACCGGCAUGCAAUUGACAUUGCCAAGAUGGCUUUGGACAUCCUCAGCUUCAUGGGGACCUUUGAGCUAGAGCAUCUUCCCGGCCUCCCAAUAUGGAUUCGCAUUGGAAUUCACUCUGGUCCCUGUGCUGCCGGAGUUGUGGGCAUCAAGAUGCCCCGUUAUUGCCUGUUCGGAGAUACAGUCAACACAGCCUCGCGGAUGGAAUCCACUGGCCUCCCCUUGAGAAUUCAUGUGAGCGGCUCCACAAUAUCCAUCCUGAAGAGAACGGAGUGCCAAUUCCUGUAUGAAGUGAGAGGAGAAACGUACUUAAAGGGAAGAGGAACUGAGACCACCUACUGGCUGACCGGGGCGAAGGACCAGGAGUACAACCUGCCAACCCCUCCGACCGCGGAAAACCAACAGCGAUUGCAAGCCGAGUUUGUAGACAUGAUUGCCAGCUCUUUACAGAAAAGACAGGCCUCAGGGAUAAGGAACAGAAAACCAACCCGGGUAGCCAGCUACAAGAAGGGCAUCCUGGAAUACUUGCAGCUGAACACGACAGACAAGGAGGGCACCCACUUUUAAACCUCAGUGAAGUCUAAGGGCUCAGGCAAACUAAGCCCAGCUGUACUUGGGCAACAACCUCAAGUGUCCUGAAGCUUCCAUUUCCCUGACACCUCAGUGGAACGGAAGAAGACUUCGAUGCAACCUCUUCAGCCUCGGCUGCCCUGUCCGGAACAUAGACUUGCUUCUGUGAAUCAGAUGUGUGCCCUCAGGGCGAUAAUUACCUUUUACUCUGGGGCCCAAUCUCAACAGUUACCCCAGGGAGCUUCGACCUGGGAAAGAAGAGGAAUGAAUGUACCAUCUCAAAGUUGAGGAGAUUUUGUUCUUAUUUCGCCUAUUUUUGUUUUGUUUUGUUUUGUUUUGUUUACUGGCUCUUU